CAAGACAUGGCGAUUUCUCCUGUCUUCACCGAUUUGACUUUCCGUACCGGCGAGUCGAGAUUCCACGUAUCACGAAGUCCAGCUGUUGUACGGAGUAGGAGGAUACAAGACUGGGGCAUUCAUCUAGACCCCUCCAGACAACCAUACACGACUUGGAUGAUGUCAACGACCGUAAGGUUGACAUCAUGACUACAGCUAUCCUUUACACCAUAACGAGCUACAUCGACGUCUAGAACCUAUUUGAGCUCACGUGGACCUCUGUGCUCUUCCACCAAAGAAAACGUCGACAACAAUAAAAAUAAUUCAAUCAACACCUGUAAACCCAUCACAACCCGACCUCACCACCCAAAUCCACAAGUACCAAGUCAAAAAGAAAUCGUUCACCAUGUCUGCCAACCCCGAUUCCGUUACCAACCAGGGCCAGUUCCACGCCAAGGUCCCUCCUUCUAAACCCAUGACCAAUUCUGGCCAUCAACCCGGCCACCAUGUAGGCAACGAACGCGCGCCCGAGUUCCACGCAAAGACCUUCCCACCCGGCACCGCGCCGGAGGAGCACACUUAUCUUCCGAACCCAAUUCACGAGAUCCCCGGCCAGGCUCUCAAUCCGGACGUCGACCCGUCUUCACGCACUGAUCCGCUCGACGCCUACCGUGGUCCCACCACCCAGGACCUCUAUAACCGGGCCACAUGGAGCCAGCCGAUGCAGGGUCAGACGAGCAGGGAGCUGCACGGCCUGCAUCCCGGUAAGCGCAAGAAGGAGCACUCCGGGCUCGAGGGUGUAGGCGCCACGGACCCGCAUGCCCCGACCGUCGAGCACAAGGUCCGCGAGAUUGUCGCCGAUAAGCCUCCGCCUAUCGAGAGGGGUAUCAGGCAUGUAAUUGGUCCUGCGCCGGAGGGCGCGGAGUACGACGUGCCGGAGCCGGCGGACACAGUUGCUAAGGAGAACAAACCUAAGAGGCAUCAUUGAAGAGGUUACAUGCUAAGGCAAGGAAGUUGUGAGGUUGUACGAUAUGGUGUUGGAGGAGUGUCUGGAUCUGUACCCUGUAUUAACAUGUUAUAAACAUGAACUGGCUUAUUCACUGUUUGAG